AUGUUCCGCCCAACCCGCUGCUUCAAAUCCCGCCCACGCUCAGCACAUUCCUCCUCACAACGACCGUCCUCCUCUUCGGCAUCAGCACCACCACCAACACAAUCGCAAUCAUACCGUCGCCCCGCUGCCGCAUCACCACCACCACCACCGCAACGGACUUUCUCCUCGUCUGCGGCACCACAAUCAACUACCCCCAUGUCGGGGUGCCAUAUCCGGCUCGCCACGACGACAGCAUUGACAUCUUCACUGAUACCAACAUCGCUAGCCGAGAGCGUGCAUAUGCGGAGCGCGGCGGUGACGUUGGCGAGGGGUGUGGGUGGGGGGUGUUUUUCGUUGGAGGAUCAAUGA